AAAAUCAAACUACAGUAGUUUAACAUGUUUACCAGUGAUUAAACGUGGUCAUUAUUCAGCUUUAGGAAAUUUCUCAUUUUUUAUGUUCACGUGAAAGAUGUGCUGAAAGAGACAAUUGAAAAUUGACUUAUAAACUACAUAUCACGUCAAGGCUGAUUUUUCGGAAUACUUCGUCCUUGUUGAAAUUCGUAUUUCUGUUGCAAUCAUAAGAAUAAUUCCAAAUAAGUGCAAAGUUUGAGUUUUAAUUUUUCCCCCGGAUAAAGAACUGAUGGUUCCGAUGCGGUUGAAUCGGUUUACACACAACUAAAAUAAAUUUCGGGUAUUACUGAUUUUUAUUGUCUUGUCGUGAGUGGAUUGUUGCCUAGAAAUUCUUUCUCUAAAGCCAUCCACGUGCACUUUUAGUUAAUUCAUCAACUCUGAUGUAAACAGUUAAGAAUCCAUUUAACUGCACUCUAUAAUUUUUCUCAUUAUUGUGGCAACGAUUUUUCCCGAUAUUGCGAAAUUCCGUAUGUGCUCUUAAGUCAAGAAAGCAAAAAACUAGGUGUAUUUUCAACGUCUUAGUGCAAUUUAAUAAACUUAUUUUCGAUUCAAUCUAACUCCUUGCCGGUUUUAUUAUGAAGAAAGCUUCUUCAAUUCGUCACUUUUUAUUCUGAGUUUCAUUAUAUGUAUCGAUGUAAUAAAUAGUCAACUCAGUGAUAUUUUAUGUUCGACAUUUACAAGAUGGAUUGCCUACAAUUCGACAAGAUCCCGGACAUCCACAAAUCCUCCACCGGCCACCAAACUUCUUCCUUUCUCAUCAAGGAUAUUCUGUGCCGCUCAAAAGCUGCGUCGUCUCAAAAUAAUGCCAAACAGAUCCCCUCGAUGGUGAGCAGAGCAAUGAGUAGAGCGGCGGAAUGCUACCCUUUGCUUCCCUCAGCAGCAGUCACGGCUGCUUACCUCUCGUAUCCGACAUCCUACCUCCACAAAACUACCCCCUCGGAGCCUUUCUUCUUCACAUCUCAAGGUUUACCUUUUGGAUCCCUAUUCACGGGGGGCGCAAGUGACCUGGGCGCCAAACACUGCCGCAGAAGGAAAGCCAGGACUGUGUUCUCGGAUCACCAGUUGACCGGACUGGAGAAGAGGUUCGAGGCGCAAAGGUACCUCAGCACACCCGAAAGAGUAGAACUAGCGUCGGCACUGCAUUUGUCGGAGACGCAGGUCAAAACCUGGUUUCAAAAUCGACGGAUGAAACAUAAAAAGCAGCUGAGGAAAUUAAACGAGGAAAAACAUAACUCGAAAUCGCCAGGCUGUAAAUCUAAUUUAGACAAUAUUAGUGGCUCAAUAGCAAAAUCAGGAGACCGGCCAGUUGACUUCUCGUCGAAAAGCUACCCUUACGUGGGGCCGGGGUUCCAGCCCGCGGGGGCGUUUAACGUCCACGACGUGGAACACAAACCGAGCCUGGGAUGGACGUCGGCCAAAACCGAUUCCGACGUGGACGACGGCGAGGAGGAAGAACUCAUCGACAUCGUAGGCGAGACUUCUUUCCGGGGCCGCCCUUGAAGGUCCAACACUCCAUCAAUUCACCCAAGUUGUCGUCAUUUUCUCCCUCGGGGACCACUGCCGUUUUAAGGAAAAAUGCCGUAUGAGCCUUCAGGCGUUGCCAAGUUUC